AUGGCCUCGUCAUCAAGAGUAGAGAUAUUGAACGAAGGAGGACUCCGUGUGGAUGGAAGACGUCCAUAUGAACUCCGCUCGGUGUCGAUGACCUUUUCACCACAAGCUCACGCGGAUGGCUCGGCUACUAUGCAGCAAGGUCUUACAACGGUGACCGUAUCGGUAUUCGGACCGAGAGAACCUCGAAGUCGGGCGAAUGCGAUCCACGAUCGGGCAAACUUGGUAGUAGAAGUCGGAGUAGCUGGGUGGUCACAACCGGGGGUAGGACAACGGAAUCGAGGUGACAAACGCCUGACAGAGGUCGGAGCGACUAUCAGGCAGACAUUCGAACCGGUCAUCAUGUCCCAUCUAUACCCACGAAGCGAGAUCUCCAUCUACGUCCAGGUUCUAGGCUCAGACGGCGGCAUCCUUCCUACCGCCAUCAACGCAACGACCUUGGCUCUUAUCGAUGCCGGUGUCGCCAUGACCGAUUACAUCACCUCGCUCUCCGUCGGCCUUCACCUCACGCAACCCCUCCUCGACCUGUCUUCACCAGAGGAAUCCGACAUUCCUUACCUCGUUGUGGCUUCGCUCCCCGGGACGGGCAAAGUCACACUGGCCACCCUCGAGACCCGGAUACACGUCGAUCGAUUCGAGGAAAUGUUGGCGGUCGGAGUAGAGGGAUGCAAGAUCUUGAAGGCUGAAAUGGAGGGAGAGGUCAAGAAGCGGACGGGCACGAUGGUGGAGAGGAUGAAGUUGAACGCCUUGCCGGAUCGAGCGGGUGGGAUGAAGGACUCGGAUCGAGAUAUCCUCAUGACAUAG